AUGCGCUGCUCUCUCCCGGUCGUCGCCGUCCUCGCGGCGUUCUGCACCACCGCCGGUGCCCUCCCCCAGUCGGGGAUGGAGAUUCGCGCCGCGGCUUCUACCGUCGACAAGAAGCCCAAGUACUCAGUCGUGCCGCUCGAGCCCGGCGACAGCCAUCCGGGCGGCGGUGGCGGCGACGGCGGCGAUGACAACACCAGCACUGCAGUCACCAUCAUCAAAACUGUGACCAAGACAUCGGAGCCGACCACCGAAGUCAUCACCAAGACCGCCGAACCGCAGACUGUCACCAAGUCGAUCCCAACCACCAUAUCAGUCAUUGACAUGACGGGAGAGCCAACGACUACGGUCGUCGCGACUUCAACUUCGGUGCCGCCGCCACCGCCGCCAUCUAUUACUACGCAAUCCUCAAUGGUCUCCUCGGCUCCGGCACCAACCUCGUCCGUAUCGAGCGAGCAGCCCUCCGUUACCGUCACCAAGUCUGCCACGACCACCCCGCUCCCCACGGCCAGCAGCACGUCUGCGGCGCCCACCACAACUGAUACCAUCUCGACACUGCCGACGAGCUUCACUAGCGUCGUCACGACACCAACCACGUUUGCGACCAUCACCACUACGCCUCAAUCGUCCACCUCGACUCGCAGCUACGACGACGGGCAGUGGCACACGACUUAUCCGGCGUGGAACGGCACCAUGACAUAUCGCUAUCGGCGGCGUUCCUAG